AUGGAGCAUAUGAGGGGCAACUGUACCUUCACCGCAAUGCUCCUGUGGUGUUUUUUUGCUGUCCAAUUCAAUGCAAAAAUUAUGAAAAUACCCCCCUACGCCAUCCGUACUGCCACAUCCGUUGUUCUGCCCACGUACCUUUACACAGAGCAGCAUUCAAUGGCUUACAUGACAUUUGCCCGUCUUUGCGUGAAAUUCAGUUCCAUGAUCGGAAAUGGGUAUUUGGCAGUGGAAGUUGGACCAAAACAUACUCGUAACACAAUAGGGACUGCACUGCAUCACCCGUCGGAUCCACGCGCUCCGGACAACGAGCGGGCAAUCGACGGCGGCGGAAGCAAAAACGACUCGUUGCUUCCGUCUCCUCCUCCUCCAGUUCAGCGAGAGUACCUUGCCAAAUGUACAUGGCAGCCGAUGUAA